UACCAACAAAGAUGUAAUUUGGAUUACCAAAAAAAAGUUGUAGCCAAAAUGAAAGUGAACGGUUCUCAGUUCUCUCUCUGCUUUCUUCUCUUUCUCUGUUUUUCCACUUCCCAUUCUUUAUCUAGAAACUUUAAUGAAAAAGAAGAUGAAGAAGACAUAAAAAGAUCUCAAUUCCCAGAUGGGUUUUUCUUUGGAACAGCCACUUCUUCAUAUCAAAUUGAAGGUGCUUUUCUUGAAGAUGGUAAGAGCCUCAGCAACUGGGAUGUCUUCACUCACAGGCAAGGUAGUGUAAAUGGAGAAAAUGGAGACAUUGCAGAUGAUCAUUACCAUCGUUACCUGGAAGAUAUUGAGAUAAUGCAUUCUAUGAGAAUAAAUGCCUACAGAUUCUCAAUUUCAUGGUCCAGAAUUCUCCCUAGAGGUAGAUUUGGUGAAAUUAAUGCAGCUGGGGUCUCAUUCUACAACAAAAUAUUAGACAUUCUCUUACUCAAAGGAAUCGAGCCAUUUGUGACGAUAUGCCAUCAUGAUUUUCCCCAAGAACUCGAGGUCCGAUAUGGGUCUUGGCUCAGUCCCCAAAUGCAGGAAGAUUAUGUCCAUUAUGCCGAGACUUGUUUCAAGAUCUUUGGCGAUCGAGUGAAGUACUGGGUUACAAUCAACGAACCAAACUUGUUUGCGGAUAUGGCAUACAUAAGGGGGCAUUAUCCACCAGCUCAUUGUUCAGAGCCAUUUGGGAAUUGUUCUGUGGGCAAUUCUGAUGUAGAGCCUCUCACCGUGAUGCACAACAUGUUACUCUCCCAUGCCAAGGCUGCCAAGCUCUACCGCGACAGUUAUCAGGCGAAACAGGAGGGAGUGAUAGGACUUGUGGUAAGCGCGAUGAUGUAUGAACCACUGAAUGAAAAUGAGUUUGAUCGCGAUGCUGUAAAUAGGGCCUUGGCCUUUAAUGUUGCCUGGGCUCUUGAUCCCAUAGUAUUCGGAGAUUACCCUCCAGAAAUGAGGCAGUACCAUGGGAAUGAAUUACCUACCUUCUCUGCAGAGGAAACAGAGUAUGUAAAAGGCAGUACCGACUUCAUUGGCAUUAACCACUAUUCAACUUUCUAUGCCCAGGACUGCAUUCAUUCCAGUUGCAUCCUUGGCGGAGACCGCCCUAUCCGAGGCUUUGUAUACACUACCAUUGAACGCAAUGGCGUUCCAAUUGGGGAUCCAACUGGGAUGCCAAGAUUUUUUGUAGUUCCAAGGGGUAUGGAGGAGAUUGUCAAUUACGUUAAGGAAAGAUAUCACAAUAUGCCUAUGUAUAUAUUGGAAAAUGGGUAUUCACCGCCACGAAAGCAAGAUGUACAAGUGCAGGAGUUGCUGCACGAUGACAAGCGAAUUGAAUUUCACAAAGCAUACCUUGCUUCUUUGGCCAGAGCAAUCAGGGACGGUGCUGAUGUACGUGGCUAUUUUGUAUGGUCGUUGAUGGACAACUACGAAUGGGCAGAGGGAUACAGCCCGAUGUUCGGGCUCUACUACAUUGAUCGUCAAACUCUUAAAAGGAUUCCAAAGCUUUCUGCUAAAUGGUAUAAGAGUUUCCUAACGAAUAGUAGCCACCAAAGCAAGGAAGUUACGAGAAAACAAUCAUUCAGAACCAAAAAUGUCAUACUACCCGGAUUAAAAGCCGAACAAGCAUAAAUGUAAUUGUGUAUUAUGCAUGUUUCAUGUUGUUACUGUUGGAAAAAAUGAUUUUAUGGUAACUUUAAUGUGAAAUUAAAGUAGGUCUUAACCAUUGGUUGAGGUGGGACUAAGUGUGUUUA